GAUGGAAAGGCAGUUAGCAUUCAACAAGCAACGAGAGAAGUUAUCGAAAGGAAUAUAUCACUUCGACAAGGAUUUAAAUAAAAACAUUUAAAAUGUCGCCGCCACAUCACGAAAAUCGCCUCUUCGGAAUCCACCUUGGCCUCAAUUUGGGUGGAGGUGGACAUCAUCACCACCACCAUCACCCACCGCCUCCGGUGCACCACCAUCACCACCACGGGCCUCCAAUGCACCACCACGGACCCCCGCCGCACCACCACCACCACUACGGACCUCCGCCACCGCCGCCCCACUACGAUCAUCAUCAUCACCACCACGGCAGCCACUUUGACCAUCAUCAUGGUCCUCACCAUGGACAUCAUCAUCACCACUGCUAGUCCAAUGGAAUGGAAGGAGGAUCUUUCGCCAUCAGGCGGCGAAAUAAUGAAAGUGUUUAUAAGCGAAUUUAAUUUAUUACAUAAUGUGAACAAAAAGAAAAACUAAAAAAAAAUCAUUAAAACCACUUAG